AUGACCUCCUACUUCUCAUCUCUCCUCACGACGACCACGUCCCGCGUGGCCUCCAUCCGCCAGAAUCUGCUGCCCACGGAGAACGACGGCGACACGGAGGACGACACACACGUCUGCCGGGUCCUACGAGCCUACUACACGGAGAAAGGGCGCGCGUUCCCGACCUGGCUGCCCCCCGACCCCAAGGCGCCCCCUCCGCCCGUCGUGCAGCCCGUGUACGCGCAGUCGAGCGUCGGUUCGCGGUACGGCGGGCUCCAGAACCAAGCCGGCGGUAGUGGCAGCGGCAGCGGCAGCUUCGGUAGCUUGUGGGACAAGCAGCCCGCGCAGCCGGCCCCGCAGUCGGGCUCGCAGAGCCUGCGCCAGGGACGCGCGCCCGGCGGCAUGGCGGCGAGUCGGGGGAGUCCGUUUGCGAGGGAACAACAACAACAGCCGGUUGCGGCUGCGCAGGAGACGAGGGUGCAGGGCUUGCCGAGCGAGCGGGCCGGCAGCUAUCAGCACGUUUCGAGGGAGGAGGCUCGGAAGCAGAAGUUGCUCGGGGGAGGAGGCUUGCGGGCGCCGGCGCAGGCUCAGCGGGCGCAUUCGUACGAGUCCGCUGCGGGAGGGUCGCCGUUUGCGUCUUCUAACUCGCCGUGGUCGGGUGCGGGUGCGGGUGCGGGUCCGGGGUCCUACGAUGAUAGCGGAUAUGGGGGCGGUCGUAGUAUGGGUGGGGGAUAUGGGGCUCCUGCUCCUGCUGCUGCUCCUGCUGCGGGACGACCGGGACUUCCCAACGGACCUGGGGCCGGGAGACGCGGCAUGGGACUUCCCAGCGGACCGAGGGGGUACAAGUGA